CGCCAAAUCGCCAAUCUCCCACCUCGUCACGCAUGCGUGUUCAAACGUGAACUAAUCAACUCUCCGCGACUCCGCCUCCGGCCGUCCCGUCCCCGUCUCCGGGAUUUUAAUUUCUUGGCACCUCGCCUCAGCAUAUUCCAUGUCCCCUCUCCAUCCGCCCCACGCGCCCACUUUGACCGACCCAUCGAUCGAUCACGAUAUUUAGUAGUAGUAGUAGUAUUACAAAUCCAGCAAGCGAUCCCAAUAUCCCAUUCCCAAAACCCCAAUCCAUCCUCGGAGCACGCCACCUUCACGAGGAAGAGAGAAUCGAGGAAGCAGAGCGCUCGGACCAGAGGAGGAGGAGGAGGUGCCAGCCAUGGUGGACCGGAUCGGCGCCGCGUGGUGGUGCGCGUGCGCCGUGGGGAUGCUGGUGGUGGGGGCGUGCCUCGCCGGGGAGACCAGCGAGUACCGGCGCCAGCUCGGCUCCGCCGUCGACAUGCCGCUCGACGCCGACGUCUUCCGCGCCCCGCCCGGCCGCAAUGCGCCCCAGCAGGUUCAUAUCACACAAGGAAAUCAUGAUGGCACUGCCAUGAUAAUCUCAUGGGUGACAACAAUUGAGCCAGGCUCAAGCACUGUGCUCUAUGGGACUUCGGAGGAUAAUCUUAAUUUCUCUGCAGAUGGAAAACACACUCAGUAUACGUUCUACAACUACACCUCAGGAUACAUUCAUCACUGUACAAUAAAAAAGUUGGAGUUUGACACAAAAUACUACUAUGCUGUUGGGAUUGGACAAACCGUGAGGAAGUUUUGGUUCAGAACCCCUCCAAAAAGUGGCCCAGAUGUUCCAUAUACAUUUGGUCUCAUAGGUGAUCUUGGUCAGAGCUACGACUCGAAUAUUACGCUGGCCCAUUAUGAGUCCAAUUCAAAGGCGCAAGCAGUACUUUUCGUUGGGGAUCUGUGUUAUGCAGAUAACUACCCAUACCAUGACAAUGUGAGGUGGGAUACAUGGGCAAGAUUUGUAGAGAGGAAUGUUGCCUACCAGCCUUGGAUCUGGACAGCUGGAAAUCAUGAGAUAGAUUUUGCCCCAGAACUUGGUGAAACGAAGCCAUUCAAGCCAUACAGCUAUAGGUACCCCACACCUUAUAAGGCUUCCGGUAGCACGGCACCUUUCUGGUAUUCUGUCAAAAGAGCAUCUGCUUAUAUUAUUGUCUUGGCAUCAUAUUCAUCAUAUGGAAAGUAUACUCCUCAGUACAAGUGGCUUGAAGCUGAGUUUCCCAAGGUUAACAGGAGUGAAACGCCAUGGUUGAUAGUGCUAUUGCAUGCUCCGUGGUACAACAGCUAUAACUAUCACUACAUGGAAGGUGAAAGCAUGAGAGUUAUGUAUGAGCCGUGGUUCGUCAAGUACAAAGUUGACCUCGUGUUUGCAGGACAUGUUCAUGCCUAUGAACGGACACACAGGAUAUCAAAUGUCGCGUACAACAUUGUGAAUGGCCAGUGCACUCCAGUCCAUGAUCAGUCUGCUCCAGUCUACAUAACCAUCGGAGAUGGAGGAAACCAGGAAGGACUGGCCACCAACAUGACGGCGCCGCAGCCUGGCUACUCGGCCUUCAGGGAGUCGAGCUUCGGGCACGCCAUCCUGGACAUCAAGAACAGGACGCACGCGUACUACACGUGGCACCGCAACCAGGACGGCAACGCUGUGGCGGCUGACUCCAUGUGGUUCACCAACAGAUACUGGCAGCCGACGGAUGAAUCUUUGGACGACUCCCAGUGAUCUGAGUCGUUCGUACAUGGUUUACUCACACCUGCUCCUCCUCCCUAGUUUGUGUUGUGGUUCUUCUACGUGAAUAAGCACUGGCUCGAUUUGAACACACAGGACGGACUCACGGACGCCUCCGGUUCAGGCGUCGUGAUCUAGGUGGUUCUUUCUCCGCUCCAGCUCCCUCGUGGCCGUGUGCUGCUUGUGUAUAGAAGAAGCGCAGCUCACGUGCAGCGAGAGGAAAAGAAAGCUGAGAAAUUGCGAGUUGAUACUUGAUAGGCUUGUGUACGUUCGUACUCGUCUAGAUGUUGAAUAAACACAUUGGUUUCGUGGCGUUGCGACUUGCAUUUGACAAUCCGAGUGGGAGUAACAUGGGCUUCUGGCAAGCUGUGGCUUGUGCCAAA